AUGAGCGACGAAACUGAAGAUGAAGCAGCGCUAGCGGAAGUAUUGGCGCAGCUUGAGGAAGAGGAUCAAGAUGAGUCUCCGGACAACAGUGACGAUUCGGACUACAACGCCGAUCGACGAACACCUGAGGGCGAUGACGAUGGAGACUCCUGUGACGGUAUUGGACGCGCUAGUGACAUCGAUUCCGGUGCGAAUAGUGUGCCGACACCGAAGAAGUACCAAAACCCAAAGAGGCAUCAAACACUGAAGGCGCACCAAACACCGAAGAUGCACCAAAACCCGAAGGCGAACCAAAAGUCUGUCCAGUGCAAGGACGAAGAAUCGGAAAGUCAAGGUGGUGUGGAAGAUGUACCAGUCGUCGGUGGCUACUUGGAAGGAUUUCCUACGUACUGGUCGUCGUGGAAAAGUUUCUACGAAGCGUUCGACGAGUUCCAAGAGGCUACGUACUAG